CUGAAUCCAGAAAAGGCAUAAUUCAAAUUGCAUGCGAAUAUAUAAAAACAGAGUGUGUAAUCUUGUGGAUGUGUUUCACUCAAAAUCAAGAUGGCUUCCAUUCUCGCCGGAGCCCUCGAGAAAUCUCAGUGGGUUGUUCAAAUCAAUGAGUUCAUUGACAGAAAUACCCUCGACGCCGCUUCACAGACCCCCAUUACCGUCUUCCAGUUGCCGGCUUCCGUCUGCGACGGCGACCCAGAGGCGUUCCUCCCCCGCCGUGUCGCGGUGGGGCCGUACCACCAUUUCCGGCCGGAGCUCUUCAAAAUGGACCUCUUCAAACUGGGCAAAGUCAAGAAUCAGAAAUGGGGCCCUCAGCUCCAUCAUCUCCUAGAUCAGAUCAAGCCAUUGGACCUCAAAAUCCGAGCCAGUUUCGAUCAACCCCUUGAAAUGGAUGCCGAAACCUUAUCAUGGGUGAUGCUGAUUGAUGGUUUAUUUCUGCUUGAACUUCUUCAAAUUAGGUACAAUCCUCGUCCUCUCGAGCUCCCUCUAGAAAUAUUUUACGGGAAAUUAGCGUCUGAGUUUGAAAUUGUCAGUGAUAUGCUGAAACUUGAGAAUCAGAUUCCUCUGUUUGUCCUUCAAGAAAUUUGCCACAAACAACCCAUUGAUUAUUUGGCUCCUCUAUUUUUCCAAUUUUAUGCCUCUGUUUCUCCAUUUCAGCUUCCCGAGUUCGACCCUGAAACGGAACGUUAUGAAUUUUCCCCAAUCUACAAUCUGUCUCACCAUUUGCUGCAUUUUCUGUAUUUGCUGAUUUUGCUUACUCCCGAAAAGAAGGCCGUGGAAAAUUUAAUGCGUCCCGAUUCUUGCGAAGAGGAGUAUACGGGUGUUUAUUUUAAUUGUUUCUCUACUUUCACUUUCCUAUCUCCUGCUUACUUUCUCAAUGAGUGCCUCAACAUUUUGGGCUCUGUUAUUAACAUAGCCUUCCUUCAGCAACUGAAAGAGACCUUUAGUUUAAUACAACGAUUGGUUGGACUUUUGGGAUCCAUAACGAACCCAAAUUUGGCUGAGAAAAAAAUCCCUCUAGUCCCUUGUGCAUCAGAGUUAAAAACUGCUGGAUUGAGUUUCAAAUCCACCAAAGAUGGGAUUCUAAAGUGCCGUUUUGACGAGACAACGCUCACUUUAACUCUGCCUUGUAUUCAUCUUGAUGGGUUCUCUGGAGCAUUGCUUAAGAAUCUUGUAGCAUAUGAAGCCAUGGCGGAGCUGAAUCCGCCUUGUUUGGCCAAUUACGUUUUGCUCAUGAGUGGGUUGCUGAGAAAUUCCAAAGACUUGAAGAUUCUUGAGAAAGCAGAGAUCUUUGGCAACCAUUUGGAGAGUGUAAAGGAAGCCGUGGAGAUGUUUAGUGGCGUGGAGAAAUCCAGCAGCGGCUUGAAGAAACAGGGCGUGUUGAAAAUCCAUGUUGGGAGUGGUGGAAGUGGAAGUGAGUUCGUUCGCGAAGCCAAGAUGAAUUAUGAUAUGGGACUGGGGGCGAUGGUGGAGGAGAUCAAUGAAUGGUAUGACAAGUGCUGGAGAAUGAAGAUGAAGAAAUUUGCGUCGAUUGUUUUGAGUUGUUUGGCAAUUCUUGUGGUUGUGUUCCUCAUUGUUCUUGUGAUUGCUCGUUUCAUCUGCGGUUUUAGUUUUGUUAGCUGUCCCAAGGUAAUAUUUAAAACUAGUCUGGCUCUGCAUCAGACCUAUUGAGCCUAAGAAGAUGGUGGGAAGUAAUGUAGAAUUAUGGAUGGGAAGUUCCCAUUUUGGAUCCAAUGAAUUGGGAUUGAUGGUGAUGGAAAUGAAAAGUUGGGGGCACAACUUGACUCGUCUCUGUCGAGGUGUUUUGUCAUGAUUUAUUAAG